AACACGAUACACAUGUAAUCCGAUAAAGACCUAAGCGAUUCGGUCAUGGCUGAAUCAGUUUACCAUGAAAUUCGCGCUGUAAACAAAUAAUAUUUAAAACCGCUGGCAUGUUUCAAUAGGAAAGACAUGUGUCUAUCGAGGUUUAAUGGUUUAAUUACUGAAUGCAUGGUGUUUACGUUGAAAUGAGACUCGAAGUCCUUAGCUAUCCGUUAUACACCAAUCGGCUGUAGUCUAUUGUUUUCGCUUAUGGUUUAAAAAUAAACGGAUCAUCGGAUGACAAGUGCAAAACUUCACUUGACAACUGAAUAUGACCAGCUCAGAACAAGUUGUAUUUCGAAUGAGACCAAAUUAAAUCAAUAACAUUGUUCCCAGUAUCGAUAUGGCAGAAAACAAUGAAGGACCUAAUAAACAACUGCUUGAUGAUCUCAGAAGCGGAGAGAAUAGAGUUCACGAAUACAAACACAAUAUACAUGUGUUUAGAUGGACAUUGAACAAAGUGAUCCUCAUGACCCAUGUGAAUUUAUUGUUGUAUUCUACAUGUUUGUGGAUACAGAGUGGAACACUGCCGUAUCUGUCAAAUAGACUGGGCGUGAAUUCUGUCUGGUAUGGUUAUCUAAUGACUGUGUUUGCCAUUUGCCAGUUAGCUGGGGCUCCAUUGUUUGGCCGGUUUGGUGACCUGUUUGGGUUACGUGCAGCUAUGAACUUGGCCUUCAUUUCUUCUGCGCUGUCGUACUUAUUGCUAUCAAUGUCAUCAUCAGUGACACUGUUAUUCCUGUCCAGACUUCCGGCUUUAUUUAUGCAUGCCGUGCAAGGUAGUAUGAUGAUUGUCACAGAUCUUGGGGACGUUGAAAAGAGAACUGAUGCCCUGGGAAAGCUUAGGAUCUCAUAUCUCAUAGGAAUGGUGCUUGGACCAAUGAUUGGUGGACAGAUAACUCAACAUUUCAGUGAGGAAAUGGCUGCUUUCGUUGCUUGCAUGGGGUCCAUAUUAAGCAUUGUGCUAGUGCUGUUGUUUGUGCCACAUAGGACUAAGAAGGUUGAAGUUGCAGAUAAAUCCGGAAGUGCCCUUCUAGAUCUGAGCAAAUGGAAGGAGUUGAUAUUUGCCCCUGGGACCUUAUUUCUUCUCUCCCUUAAAAUGGCCACAGAGACCCCUAUAUCGAUCUUUCACAGCAUGUUUCAAGUGAUCGCCUUGGAGACAUUCAAUCUGCCGGCUGAUCAGAACGGUUUCUUGAUGUCAUAUAUUGGUGUUCUAACCAUGUUAGUUCAAGGCGUUGGUGUGGGUGUGUUGUUGAGGAAGGUCAGUGAGAAUUCGAUCCUUAAGUGGGCCUCGUUCCUCAUGGUCUGGUCUUAUCUCUCACUGGCAUUUGUGGGCUCCAUUCCCCAGUUAUGCAUGGUUUUAGCCCCACUGACUGUCGGAUUGGCAUCAUCUAACAUCGUCAUCAACAGUGCAUUGACACGCACCGUCAGUGAUAUAGAUACAGGAUCCAUGCUAGGCCUAAACAUGGCCAGUUACUCUCUCAUCCGGACUGUGUCUCCUACCAUAGGGGGCUACAUGCUGCAGGCUUUUGGAUUCCCGUGUUUUGGCUACCUUGGGUUUCUGCUGUCUCUAAUCGUAACUAUCAUACUCUUUCAAAAAAAGGUGGUUUAGUAUCUUGUUUUAACGUUUAAUUGUUGUAUAUUCAAAGUAUGAGUUCAAUUGCAAGGACAUGUAUGAAGGGUUUUUAUUGUUUAGAUUUAAUUAAAAAAAGCAGAUUUGUGUCAUUUUUAAGAGAA